GAGAAGCUUGAGAGUAAAGAGGGAAAAUUCUGACAGAAAAUGUUGAAGUUAGAGGAUUUGGCAUUGUGGGUAUUGUUAUCUGCUGCAGUUAUUUCUUCCCCAAUAUCAGUGUGCGCGAAGAAAGUAAUGGCAAGGAAAGAGGAUAUUCCAUACAUCAAAUGCCAGGUCUGUGAGAUGCUUGCUUAUCAACUCUACCAUCAAGUUCAGCGAAAGAAAGCAGCAAUCUCACCCAAGAAGAUCUCAGAGUACCAGAUCAUUGAGAUUUCAGAGAGCGUCUGUAAUCUAAAGAAGCAAGAAGCUGAUUGGAUUCUCAAAAUUGAUAUUGUAGAAGAAGGAGAUAGGUUGGCGCUUAUUGAACAAGACUCUGAAGGACAAUGUAAUUCAGAAUGCAAAACAGUUGAACGUGCUUGUCAAGAAAGGUUUAGGUUUUGUUGGUCUUGAGGUCAGUACCUUCCUGCUCUAUGGGGUUUCAGGUUAUGGACUAUUCUGAUACUGAUGUAGCAGAGUAUUUGUACAAAAACAACCCUGAACUUGAUUCUCUGUUAAAUUUUCUCUGCAAAGACCUAUCCAAAGCAUGUAGCAGGAUGCCACCGCCUGUUCCUAAGGAUAGGGCACCUGGAGAACCUUUCCUUCCCAAGCCCCCAAAAGAUGCUGAAUUGGAAAAUAUACUAAAAGCUAUGCAGAGUAUGCCUGGAGCACCCAGCGUGGAAGUGUACUCCGGGGAUGAAUUGAACCAAAACUUUGGUGAUAGUGAUGAUGAUGAUGAAAUCGACCUCUCCUUGGAUUGGGGAAAACCUGUAAAAGAGAAACAGACUAAGGAGCUGGAUUGGAAGCAGAAGAUCAGCAAAGUGAUAACGGAUACAGGCGAGACGCUGAAGAACCAUAUCGCCACGGCAUCUUACAAGUUAAGUGAUUGGUGGAGAGCAAAGAAGGAACAAAUGGAUAAGAAUCACAAGUCUAGUAGUAAAACUGAGCUGUAGUUGUGAUCUUUGUUAGCAGGGAUGGAUUUAUGAAUCUAAAUUAAUUAAUUAGAUUCAUAAUUAAUUGGACUUUCAAAAUUUUUUACCAUAUACGGAGUAUGUAAUAUUUUUAUAAAAGUUUCAUAAUUUAAUUAGAUUCGCCCCCCUUAGCUUUUAA